ACUGAUGUAUAGUAACUCCUCCCAAUCACAGUCUCUUUCGACCUUUACAGGGCAAAGUGAUGUGCGUGUUGCCAUGCACGCACGUAUGGACAAAACCACACACUGGCUUGAUCAAUGCAUGAUGCCAAAUACGAGCUGUGUGUGAUGGGUUGCCAGCAGGGGGAUGGUCAAUGUGCUGCUGCUUGUUUUCUGUCAGCGUAUUUUCAUAUUCUCUUAGUGGGCAGCAGCACACCGAUGCUGCACUGUAUGACUUGAAUCUCUCACUUGGGGAUUCGAGAGGCGCAUGCAACAGCGAAGAGACAGGAGCUUCAUUCUCCACACAAAAAAGAAAUGGACCGGCAACACAGCUUCGACCGGCAGGUGGAUGUCCAGGACCACGUUCACUACAUCGUCGCUUUUUUUGUCCUGGUGAUCGGAACAGUUGGCGUGACGGGAAAUGCCUUGGUCAUGUAUGCAUUUUUUUGUAAUAAGAAGCUACGCACUCCUCCCAACUUCUUUAUCAUGAACCUGGCAGUGAGUGACUUCCUCAUGGCCAUCACACAGUCACCCAUCUUCUUUGUCAACUCCCUCUACAAGGGCUGGAUUUUUGGCGAAACGGGUUGUAAAAUGUAUGCCUUCUGCGGAGCCUUAUUCGGAAUCACGUCCAUGAUCAACCUUCUGGCCAUCUCUAUGGACCGCUACAUCGUCAUCACCAAGCCUCUGCAGGCCUUACAAUGGACCUCCAAGCGACGCACUUGCUUCAUCAUUUGUCUGGUGUGGCUGUACUCUCUCGCCUGGAGCCUCGCACCACUUCUGGGGUGGAGUUCUUACAUACCAGAAGGCUUGAUGACCUCAUGCACGUGGGACUACGUGACGUCGACGCCUGCAAAUAAAAGCUACACCUUGAUGCUAUGCUGCUUUGUCUUCUUCAUCCCACUGGGCAUCAUAUCCUACUGCUAUUUGUGCAUGUUCCUGGCUACUCGCCACGCCAGCAGGGAAGUGGAGAAGUUGGGCUCUCAGGUGAGGAGGUCAACGCUGAUUCAGCAGCAGACAAUCAAGACCGAGUGGAAGUUGGCCAAGAUUGCCUUUGUGGUGAUUAUCGUGUUUGUGCUCUCCUGGUCACCCUAUGCAUGUGUCACCCUCAUUGCCUGGGCAGGAUACGCAAGCGUUCUGAACCCCUACUCCAAAGCCGUCCCCGCAGUUAUUGCCAAGGCCUCGGCCAUCUACAACCCUUUCAUCUAUGCCAUCAUUCACUCUAAAUACAGGGACACUCUAGCUGAAAAAGUCCCCUGUCUACACUUCCUAGCCCAGGCCCCCCGGAGGGACCCCAUGUCAGCGUCACAUAGCCAGUCCUCCUUCAGGGACUCGGUGCUGCGCAGGCAAUCAACUGUCUCCAAAAACAAGUUUCUACCAAUUUCGUCAUCCUUAUCCACAAUGGACACUCAGGUUUGGAGUGAUGUGGAACUGGAUCCAAUGGACCAAAGCCCUUGUCUGAGGUCCAGCUAUUCCCUUGGAGCGCUAAAGGGAAAGGAUCAAAGCCAAGGCAAAAGACAACAAUGAUCAUGCAGACACCUAUCCUCGAGCGAAGUACACUCCAAACAUGUGACCUGAGUCAUGGUGCCGCUCCAGGCUCGGAGGAGGAAAGGGGAGGAGAAGGAGCCUGGAGACGAGUAACUGUACUUAGUUGUGUACAAGACACAGUGGGUCAACAUGGACCAAAGAGGGCCACAGCAAGCCCAAGAAGGAAGGACAUGAGAAGGUCACGCGGGUUCCUAUCCAGCCAGAUUCUUUGGACAACACUUAAUGUGUCCACUACUCCUAUGAUAUCAAAGAAAGAGCCGCUGGACUGUGUAGAAAAAAACAAAGAUACGAUCCGUACUUGAUUUAUACCGUCUGGAUUGUUAAAGUCAACUCUUGGAGUCAGUGGAAAGUCGAAUACUGCAUUUCCUCAAACAGUGAAUGCUGCUAUAAGAGAUGGCACACUUAACUGAUUUACCCAGCGUGGUUCAAGAGACGCAAAUCGUUUUAUUUAUUUUUUUUGCUGUCAAUUGACACAAUUGGGUUAUGUGUCAUGACAUCUGAAAAAUGAUGUUAAAAAUGCAUGGUAUUGGACAUAUUCAGACUUCAGACAGAAAUCAGGCCCCUUCUAAAUCCAAUAUGUUGAUAUUAUAUUCUAGAUAUCUGUAACUUCAGUUUGAGAUGCCUACAAUUUCAUUCUGACUAGUCAUAAUUCCAUUUCAUAAUAUCUUUGUCACCUCAAUUCAAGAUAUCUAUAGGUCCCUUUUCAGACGUCUUAAAUUAAAUUUUAACUAGGCUAAAUGACAUUGUAGAUAUCUGUAACUAUGACCAGUCGAAAUCUAAUUGUAUCUCAAACUGGAGUUACAGAUAUCUACAAUUCCAUAACAGAUAUCUGUAAUUCACUAGGGGAUCUCUGCAACUGAAUUGUAGAUAUCUAUAAUGAGAAAACCCAGAAUGGCAAAAGUGAUGUCAUUUGUCCAUUUAUUCGACUAGGCACAUUUCUAUUACAGCUGUCUUGAAUGAAAGGUAAAAAAAUUUAAUUAUGACCAGGCAGAAAGACUGUUAUUGAUAAGGGUAAUUCCGGAUAGUCAAAAUUAGCUCUUGUCAUAAAGCAUCAAAACACCGACGCGUGAUUUACAUACGCGCACGUCAGCCCAAACGGCACAAAUACACAUUAACACCUGCUGUAAAUCUAAACUACAGUGAAAGCGCCAUUGACAAUUAAUAAUACUAUAUUAAAGGUGUAUAGAACAUUAAAUAUGAUGUAAAAUAAGAGGUGUUGGUUGCACUUUAAAUAAGCAAAAUAUUUGCCAAUGGUAGCCAGUCGAGUACAGAGGAUACACUCAUUUAAAUCAGGUUUAUUGAAAACUCAACUCAAUUAAAUGCAAUGCAAUAUUUAAUAUUUAUUCAUUGUUGUUGACGUCCUUGUUGUCACUGACUGGCAUUGAGGUUUGUGAAGUUAUUUACGUGCAGUUUUGGCAUCUGCGUGUUUCAGGUGUACAGAACAGUGGAAACACAGUCAUACGGGAUAUGUGUCACUUGAAAUGUACAUGGCAAUAAGACUGUCCCCAAAAAUACAGGCAUCAAAUCAGAUUUGGGCACUUAUACUUGUAGUGUAAUUCCAGUUUGUGAUUACUUAUACCACAAUGAGUCGCUGUAUACGUCUUUACCACAACACACAUUGCCGAUAGAGCAGACAUGGCAUAUGUAAAGCUGAACUUACAAUGGAUUUGAAAACAAAUUGCUGCUAUAAUUGAGAUUUUGUGUGCGUGUGGAGGGGGGGGGAACACUUGCAAAAUGUAGAUAAUAUUAGUAACUUUUAUUAAAAUGUCUUUGUACUUAAACACCUUACCCCUCCCUAAUAGACACCAUGUACUCUCUGCAGCGGAGUAAAAUGCCUCCGGUCCCACUACAGGAGGAAAUACAAGUCUUUGUACUUACCGGCCAUAAUUUUUUUUUACUUCUGCACAAUGGAAUCAUCAUACUGAUGGAUAUUUCUAAUAUUAUUCUUCUCUCAGGUAGUCAUUUAAGGUCAUCAAAAUAUUGGAAGCAGAUCUCGGUAUGAUGAAACUACAACCACAAUAAUUAACAAUGAAUGCCUCUCUGACUGUUAAUCAAAACACUUCUUACAUUACAUUGUAAAUGCGUACCUAAUGCUAAUGGACGAACACAGUUUGUGCCAUACUACUGAGGUAAUUCAUUAAAAGCAGCAUGUGACAAUUAAAAACGAUACCAAUAUCAGUAUCAGAGCCGAUACUGUACGUCUGUACUCCUACUUGAAAAAAUGCUCCGAUAUUAUAACACUGAUACCGCUUUACCAGCCUGACAGAUACCAUCUGGGCAGGUGGAGUAGUUGUUUUGGAGAUACUUUAAGGUAAACAUAGAUGACAACACUACCCGCGCCGAGGAGCGCAGAGUGGGGGCUGCAAAAUAUGCUCUGCAAAAUGGCUGAUGCACUCCCCUCAGACGGCGACAGAGGAAGCCGUCCUAUGAGUUGUGGUGGGAAGCCAUCCUGCAAGCAUCGAGUUUCUUGAGCUCUACUCCACACUACUCGGCGCUGCACGUCGAGGAAAGAGAAGUCAGAGAUGGUGUGACAAUGUAUCACUUCAGUUGUCCUGCUAAAAGUUUUAUAUUAUAACUGAAAUGCCUUGUGUGACAGGUUACAUUUAAGUGAAAUGUGUGGCAAGACAGAAGAAGAUGCAUUUGGAUGUUAAAAUGUGAGUAGUUAAAAGUUGUUAUCCUCAAGUCUUAUAUUUGUGUAAACGUAUGCCAUGUUCAAGAAAUAUUUUGUGUUUCUGAACAAUAUUUGAUUAAAAUAAAACAUUUUCAUUACAAUCGCAAGGCAUAAUGGCAUUAUUAAGUAUUGGUGUUGGUGAGUACUUAAAUCUAAGUAUACUUGAACUCAUACUCGGUCUGAAUAAAAGUUGUAUUCGUGCAUCGUGAGUUAUGAGGUUGAGACUCAGUAUGUGUGUACAGUAUCCCACUUUACUCUACCAAUUUGUACCAAUUAAUAUGGUGUUUCCAUUAGUGGGUUCUUAGUGGCUUGUGUGAACUAGAGCAGCGCGGAUGAAGACUCGUGAGAAGGAGAUUAGGAGGAUCAUGUGGACUUUGUUGAAUGUGUGACUCCACAAUCAGCUUUGACGCUGUGUACAAUUGUUUUAAGUCAAAUCAUCAUGAAACCUCAGAAAAUUCCCGUUGUGGUCACUGGGAAAUGGAUAAAACGAUUACUUUAAA